AUGGCUCGCCCUUCGAAGCUCUACCUCGUCUGCUACAACUCCCUCCAAUCGCUCGGAUGGCUCAUCGCCCUCCUCCGCCUCCUGCCCUGCCUCGCCCCUCCAUUCCCUGUCCACUCCGCGUACGCGGUCGCCGGAGACCUCAUCUGUUUCCUGCAGACAUGUGCGAUCCUUGAAACGGUCCACGCUGCCAUCGGAUUGGUGCCGACCGCGCCACUUCUUUCUUUCUUGCAAUGGGGUGGGAGGACCCAUUUCGUCCUGGCUGUUGUCCGGCAAAUUCCCGAGGUUCAGAGGAGUCCAUCUGUGUACAUAACAUUUAUAGCUUGGAGCAUAUCUGAGGUCAUCCGUUACUCUCACUAUGCUCUGACUACCUUAAAAGUUUGUCCAGGAUGGCUGACAUAUCUCAGUGUGGACUAUGUAUCAAACUCUCCCGUUUGUGAAGAAGAGGAACCUUUACUCAGGUUUCUUCAAGAAGUUCUCCAUGAGCUACCAUUCAUUUCUAGUGGGUGUGCUGGUGGUCUAUCCGUUCCUAUGGCUGAAGCUGUACCUGCAUGUGUUCAAACAACGCAAGUCCAAGCUGGGAAAGGGGAGCAGGAAGAAACGAACCUGAGAAAAACAUGGCUCAGCUCAGGUGAGAGGUUGCAGCAAGGCCCUGGUGGUCUUAACAGUAUAGGAUUUGCAGUCAUCAGAAAGGGAUGCUUAAAGUUUAGAUGUUAUGCGAUUGGCGAUGAACUUAAUGGUCCAGGGCGCUUUAAUAAGCCUUUUAACAAAAACAGUAAUGGACCUGUUUUCCAAGGACUCGAUGCGUCUGGUGCUUCUUUUAGAACUGUUGGUGCUGAAAUCACUCAGGAUACAAGAGAUUUCUUUGUCAGUGAUGCAGAGGGUGAUCCAGACAAACCUACCGAUGGAUUUGCCUCAAUCGACCAGGCUAUAAAUGCUUUGCGUGAAGGAAAGUUUGUUAUUGCUGUAGAUGAUGAAAACGGCGAUAACGAAGGUGAUCUUGUGAUGGCGGCCACUCUAGUGAACCCAAAGUCAAUUGCAUUCAUGAUCAGGAACGGUUCUGGGAUUAUCUCAGUAGGCAUGACAGAAGAGGACCUAACAAGACUGAUGAUUCCUAUGAUGUCCCCAAUUACAGAAAUCGAAGAUAUCACGGCUGCUGCUUCCACGGUGACAGUGGAUGCCCGGGUUGGCAUAUCUACCGGUGUCUCAGCUGCAGAUAGGGCAAAGACCAUCCUUACUCUAGCCUCUCCUGAUUCCAAGCCCAGUGAUCUGAGGAGACCAGGCCAUAUAUUCCCCCUCAAGUACCGAAAUGGGGGUGUGCUGAAAAGAGCUGGCCACACAGAAGCGUCAGUUGAUCUUGUUGCAUUGUCAGGUUUCCGUCCUGUAUCCAUUCUCUCCACUGUCAUGGACCCCAGGGAUGGUUCACUGGCAGGAAUAACAGUUCUGCAGCAGAUGGCUAUGGAGCAUGACAUACCGAUCAUUUCGAUUGCUGAUCUCAUCCGGUAUAGAAGGAAGCGGGAGAAGCUGGUGGAGCUGAUUGCUGUGUCUCGCCUGCCGACGAAGUGGGGCCUCUUCCGAGCUUACUGCUACCAAUCCAAGCUCGAUGGAACUGAGCACAUUGCUGUUGUGAAGGGCGAUAUCGAUGACGGUGAAGAUGUCCUGGUGAGAGUGCACUCAGAGUGCCUGACGGGGGACAUCCUCGGGUCAGCCCGCUGCGACUGCGGCAACCAGCUUGAGCUGGCGAUGCAGCUGAUCGAGAGGGCCGGCCGUGGCGUGCUCGUGUACCUCCGCGGCCACGAGGGCCGCGGCAUUGGCCUGGGACAGAAGCUCCGCGCCUACAAUCUCCAGGACCAGGGCCACGACACCGUCGAGGCGAACGUCGAGCUCGGCCUCGCCGUGGACGCCCGCGAGUACGGCAUCGGCGCCCAGAUACUCCGUGACAUCGGCGUGCGCACGAUGCGGCUGAUGACCAACAACCCGGCCAAGUUCAUCGGGCUCAAGGGCUACGGACUCGCCGUGGUGGGGAGGGUGCCGGUGAUCUCUCCCAUCACCGAGGAGAACCAGAAGUACCUCGAGACGAAGCGCACCAAAAUGGGGCACGUCUACGGCUCCGACCUCCCUGGCAGCCUGCCGGAGUUCGCCAAUCCACAAGGCACCCCCACAGAACAAGAAGACGAUAACCAAAACUGA